CAACUACAUAUCCCAAACGCUCCUGGCACGAUGAGUUCCUUCAUGGACGAAAUACGCAAAAUUCCUCCAGUUACGCGAUUUCUUUGUGCGGCGACGCUUGGAAUCACUAUUCCCGUCAACCUCCAAUUGCUUUCUCCGUACAGCAUCAUCUUCAUCAAACAGUUGGUAACACAGAGACUUGAGGUUUGGCGACCGUUCACUUCAAUGUUCUUUGGAGGCUCCGGAAUAGCAUUUUUGUUCGACUUCAUCAUGCUCUAUCGAAAUUCUAAUUCUCUAGAAGAGAUGCAUUACGCAGGUCGCUCCGCCGACUUUGCCUGGCAAACGUUCAUCAACUCCCUGAGCCUUUUGGCUCUUAAUGUUCCACUCAGUUCCGUCGUGCACUUCCGACCAUUACUCCUCUCCCUCAUCACUCUUUCUUCACGUCUAAGCCCUAACGCGAUGACGUCCAUCUUUGGCCUCAUCACACUUUCCCAUCAAUAUCUUCCUUAUGCACUCGUUACUAUGGACCUCUUCAUGGGUGGACCAUCUGCGGCAGCACAGUCUCUGACGGGUGUUAUCUCCGGUUAUGCUUGGUGGUAUCUUGUGCACAAUACUGAUGCUGGUCGGCCAGGCGCAGACUUUGCCAAGGCACCGGCCUGGCUAGCUGAUUAUAUGGAUCAACGCGGAGAGGGCGUCGUUCCGGGAGUAGGACGCGUACUGAAUGCUGAUGGAAGGCGAGCGGCUGCUGCAGUUCGUGGUGCCGCGCGGUCAGCGACGGGUGCAUACAAUUGGGGUAGCGGCCAUCGGCUUGGGAGCGGGUGAAUGUUAGCAUCAUGAGUACUGGGCACAUGUCCAUAAACACGUCGCAAAGAAUUCCCCAUUGCAUAACAUGUAGUUAAAGCUACACAGAAUGUGUCA